GUCCCGGCGCGCCAGCAAAGGGCUGAACUGGGCGGAGCAUCUGAAUAGCCGGCGCGCGCAGUCUCCGGGCCCAAUUUCUACGCGCACCGGAAGACGGAGGCCCUCUUUCCUUGCCUAACGCAGCCAUGGCUCGUGGUCCCAAGAAGCAUCUGAAGCGGGUAGCAGCUCCAAAGCAUUGGAUGCUGGAUAAAUUGACCGGUGUGUUUGCUCCUCGUCCAUCCACCGGUCCCCACAAGUUGAGAGAGUGUCUCCCCCUCAUCAUUUUCCUAAGGAACAGACUUAAGUAUGCCCUGACAGGAGAUGAAGUAAAGAAGAUUUGCAUGCAGCGGUUCAUUAAGAUCGAUGGCAAGGUCCGAACUGAUAUAACCUACCCUGCUGGAUUCAUGGAUGUCAUCAGCAUUGACAAGACGGGAGAGAACUUCCGUCUGAUCUAUGACACCAAGGGUCGCUUUGCUGUACAUCGUAUUACACCUGAGGAGGCCAAGUACAAGUUAUGCAAAGUGAGAAAGAUCUUUGUGGGCACAAAAGGAAUCCCUCAUCUGGUGACUCAUGAUGCCCGCACCAUCCGCUACCCCGAUCCCCUCAUCAAGGUGAAUGAUACCAUUCAGAUUGAUUUGGAGACUGGCAAGAUUACUGAUUUCAUCAAGUUCGACACUGGUAACCUGUGUAUGGUGACUGGAGGUGCUAACCUGGGAAGAAUUGGUGUGAUCACCAACAGAGAGAGGCAUCCUGGAUCUUUUGAUGUGGUUCACGUGAAAGAUGCCAAUGGCAACAGCUUUGCCACUCGACUUUCCAACAUUUUUGUUAUUGGCAAGGGCAACAAACCAUGGAUUUCUCUUCCCCGAGGAAAGGGUAUCCGCCUCACCAUUGCUGAAGAGAGAGACAAAAGACUGGCGGCCAAACAGAGCAGUGGGUGAAAUGGGCCCCUGGGUGCCAUGUCAGACCUUUGAGUCUGUGAGCUACUUCACUACAAGAACUUGGAGUCCUCGCCUUUGCAUUCCCGGUGCCCAGCAAAGUGCCCACCUCCAAAGGUGCCCAGUAAAUAUCAAACAAAAUGCCUUCAUAUGAUCCAUCCAGAAGAACGUUGGAGUUUCUAGAACCAAAUUAGGAGGACUGAGCCUUCUUCAGUCCCUAAUUCAGGAGCACCACCUCUCUGCUUUCCCCCACCUCUCCCUGAAACCCCAGUCUUGCCGUGGCUGUUUGUCUGCUGUGCCAGGCCUCCUUCCCUGCCUCUCAGAGUCCUCUCUCCCUUCCCCCAUCCGCCCCCUGCUCGCCCGCCUGAGUACAGGCUAUUAUCUGGGGGUGGUAAUUAUUGCGAGUAAAUUGGAAGUUGUUUUGCA